AUGGCAUAUUCUCUCGAGAGACUCGCACGAGCUCAGCAACUCUUUGACCGUAGCACGGACAAAUUCUGCAUGCUUCCACAUCUCACUGGCCCAUAUCACUUACGACAACGUGCCUCCAAGCGUGCUGCUGCAAUUGCUUCGUGGCAUGACAAUGACGAGGAUGAAGACUACACACCUUCCAGCAUGCAAACACCCACCAAACGAAAGCUAUCUCUUUUCCAUGACGGUGAUCAAGACCCUCGAUCUAACAAAAGGGCCAGAAGUGCGUCUCCAAAUCCUGCGCUCCGUGCUAGACUGAGCCCAGACACGGGAAAAGAAGACUCCGCCCUCCCUUCGACACCCUCGCAACAUAGUGAGCCCGACAGCUGGGACAGAUACUGGGCCGUCAAUCCCGAGACAGAAUCACCAAAUUCACGAUACAGCCUUCGACGUCGCAACAAGGAAUCGCUGGCAGAAUCACCACAGAAGAAAGAAACAGCCAAGGUCGAGGGCUCGGAAUCAACGACAACUGCUGAUGUCCUGCCUGCUGAUAGCGAGCUUCCAGCAAGAGGAUGCGAAGCCUGCAAAGAACUAGGCAUUGAAUGCUCUCUUGCAUCUGACCCCGAUCCGUUUGCCUAUCCUUGCGCAACAUGCGAAAUCGAUGAUGUCUUUUGCGUUGUGAGCCCACCACCCAAACGGAAGCGAUCAUGCGAAAUUUGCAAAGGUCGAAAGCUUUGUUCAUAUCGGCAUGCUGAUUAUGAUCAUUCCCAGCCUUGUCUUGAAUGCCGGAAUCAUGGAUUCGAAUGUGUUGCUGGACCAGCUAGAUACCCACCCUUUCUACUCUCUUCCGCAACCGAACCAAGCGAGCCAAGCAUUUCUCCAAAGACUCAUUCUCUAGCAAAUUCCAACUCACCCGAUAGUAGAUCCCCAAAACCCGACGUUUCUGAGGCAUUUAAACCGAGUGAGAACAUCAGCUCCUCAGCUAGUCAGCCAAAGAUUCAGACGCCAGAGAUCAAUCCCACAGAGAAUGAUUGGGAGCUCUCCUCCCCUUUAUUCAGCCACGUACGGCCAUCUGUUGUUCAGGGACUGAGGCCACAUGAGGCGAUUGUUAUCACUGAUUCAGACGACGACACCCCGAAGACCUCGAAGAGGGAGCCCUCGUCGACUGGUAUUUCUGACACCGCUGAGUCACCCACUCACACCACUGUCUCCAAUACCAUUGCUUCGCAGUCCGUAAACACCCAUCGAAUCUGGACCGAACUUGCUCAUCCGGUGGUGUUUCUCGCAGAUGACAGUGGCGGAUCUCCACCCUGCCACUGGUGUAACAACUUUGCGUAUGGCAUCAAUGGCCUCGGUCCUCGCAACCCAGAGGUCUGGACAUUUGACGACGGCACAAUCGUCGAGCUUCAGGAUGGCCACACCGGCGAAGGAAAAGAUCAAAGUCGAAUGUGUGUCUCCUGUACAUGGGAUCGAUGCAAAAUCAUAAAAUGCUCACACAACAUUCUCGAUCUACUCCCCGGGCCUUUGUCCCCAAAUGAAGCAGUACGAACCGGUGCUGCAACACUUCUACAUCAAGCAACUGAAGCUCUGACUGACCCCGAGACUGGAAAGGCUGGCCCGUAUUUCCCGAGUCCCCUUUACGAAUGGUGCUGCCUGUGCCGAGAGCCCGCAUUCGGGUCUUGCCAGGCGCUUCAACCAAUUGAUGCUUACGCAGAGGUGGUGGAUUGUGAGGAAGAAUCCCGUGGGUGUGGACUGAUGCUCUGUGAGCACUGUCUUGACCUCACCAAGCGAUUCAAAGGUGACCUCAAUGCUGUCGUUGCAUGGGGUCGCAAUGACCAGGCUACCCCCGUAUUCUACCGAGCUGAUGUGGAAUACCUCCUCUCAGGAGCGCAGAACAACACCAUGUACAGGCUUUACAUGGAGGACCGUUGA